UAAUAAUUAUUAUACUUUUCAGAGCUAACUGCCUUUACUUACACAUAGCAUGUAUACAUUUUAGCCAUAUAGGUUUAAUGGGUAUAUAUACAUAUAAUAGUUCAGAGUGCGCUUGAAACACGAAAAACGGUGUGUGUAGCUGCUAGUGCACGCGUUCACGUCGUUCAACGUAGUCGCUUAUUAUUGGUGUCGUUUCGAUUGUUGUUGUUAUUAUUAUUAUUAAUUUUCAUUUUUUUUUUUUUUUUGACAUGAUGAGUAACAACAUCAAGUUGUCGGGCAGCAGUGGCGGUGGCGGUGGCAGUAAACACGUACGAUCGCAUAGCCUGAAAAGCUUUCCAGCAGUGGCCGUAGCGGUUAUCGAUAAUAAGAAACAGUCGGACAACGGUGUCGUGGUGGCUACCGGGAGCGAUCCACUGCAAACAACUGUGAAAAUGACAUCGACGUGGAAACAGGCAUGUGAUCGAACUAGAGAUCGAACUAAACAACUAUUACGGAGAACGAUGUCGUGGAAAAGUAAUACGAUCAUAAUGCAGCCCGAAGAACGCAAGCCAGACGAGUCAUCGAGUACAUUGGAAAUACAUGUAUGGGCUUCUUGGAUGAAACGUUACGCUAGCGAAGAUGAAUCAAAAACAUUGGACAUUCCAUUUAAACUAUCGCCACUACAAGAGGAAAAGUUAUUGAUUUUUUUUAAAUAUUAUUUAGACGGCGAUUGCGACGGAUUCGUAUUUGAACACGAUUUCCAUCAGUUUGCAGAGAAAUUAAGACGCUUUGCUGAUUGGUCACCGAAUAGUGAUGAAUAUAUAAUAUUAAAACAAGUUUUAACAGAAUUAAUUCAAGUAUUCAUUCAAUGUGAAAGCGGCCAAAAUGUUGCGUUUACUAGUUUAUCAACAGACGACUGGCUUAAAAUAUGGUGUCAAACGUUAAGCAGGUGUACAGUAGCUUCAGACAUGCCAUUGUGGCUGAAAUAUUUUCAGAGCAUAUUAUAUAAGUCUUUGGAUUCAGGUAAAGGUGAAAUAGAAAAAGCAAAUUUACAAAGAUUCUAUUGUACGUUUCUCGAUUCAAACUGUGAGGAAGCUAAGCAAGGUGUGAUCGACAUAAUAUACGAUUCAUUAACGUCAAAUGGAGACUUCAAGUUGGAUCGUGAUACUUGGAGCCAAUGUUUUGCAAACUGGUUACUGGGCACCAAACCUAAUGGAUGUGGUCAAUGGUUAUUUGGAAAGUGUGGCCCAACGCCUGAGUUCUUUCCUAUCGAUUAUUCUGCUAUGAAUUCGACGGUCGAUACAAGGGAUACUUAUUCACAUAAGAGGCGGAGCGAUAGACAUUCCAUUGUGGUCUAAAGAAAACAGUAAUAAUCAAUAGGUACCUACUCAUUUUUGUUGCCAUGUGGAUAAUGUGCUAAACAGUCCAUUAGUGUAUAUUUUGUAUAAAAGAAAAUAUAUAAACAUCUUACCGUU